AUGGCAUCCGCAUCACUUGUCGGAGGGGCUGCUCUUGGACCAGCAUUUGAAAAGGUGUUUUCGAUUUUGUACGAAACGGUUAAGGAUGUGAUAACAACAACCUGCAUGUUCGAAUCCAUCCUCGAACGCCUCAAAUCCACGCUAGAUGUUUUGGAGCCGUUGGUCAAAGAGAUACGACGGUCGAACAGAGAAUUGGAUCGCCCAGAAGAGUUCAUAAAGGGGUUGAUCGAAAAGAUGGAAGAGGGCGAGAAGCUCGUGAGGGAUUACUCGAAGCUCCCCUGGUGGAAAUACCUCAUGAGAUUCCGUUAUGCGAAGAAACUCAUCAAGUUGGAGGACGCGCUUUGCUUGUUCUUUGGUCUUGAACUUCCAGCCUUGAAUACGAGGAAUGUGUUGGAAACCUUGAAGGGGGUGAAUGAUAUUCGUGCGCGAAUGAAUUUGGUCGGCCUGAAUGGUGGGUUGUUGUGUGCAAUUCCUGCACCCCCCUGA